UGGGCAUUCUACUGGUCACGAAAUAUAACGUGGGAAAUCAUCGGAUCUCCCUCCUUUCCUUUCCGCCCAAACCACCCCCUCCCCCCGCCGCCGAGGCCUCCAUUCCUCAUGGAAGCCGCUGCCGCUGCGAGCCCCGGUAGCUCGUCGCUGGAAGCCGUGGCCACCGCCUUCCGGUCCCGCGUCAACGAGCUCCAGGACCUAGCCCUUGCCCGCAACAUGUACCCGGCAACGGCGGUGACCGACCUCACCGCCGUGGACACGUCGGUGACGGCCAUGGAGGCACAGGUGCAGGCCAUCCGCCGCCGCCUGCAGGAGGAGCUCGACGCCAUCCCCAAGGCCAAGAAACUAGUGGAGAAGUCCUUGAAGCAACAGCAGAAGUUGCAGCAUAUGCUUGCAAACAUGCCACCUGGGAUGCGUGAGGAUAUCGUUGCUACUCCUCUGGAACAAAGCUUGAUGUUGCCCGAGUGCUUUAAUUUUAACACAGCUGUUCCAGAAUGUCUGGACUCUGAUUUUAAGAUUAAGGAAGAGCCAGUUGCAGCUCCCAAAAAGGGGAAAGGUUCAGCACCUCGUUGGUAUAUAUCCACUGAGGAGCUUGAUUCAUUAUCAUCGUACAUGAGGGGGAGGCUAACAUUGGAGAAGGUUAACAUUUCGAUAAACGAGGUGGCUACAUAUGCAGAUGCUAAUGCUCAUCUUGUUGCAUGUCCUAAGAAAAAGUUAUCAGAAGACACAUGGGAAAAAGCUUUGGAACUAAGGGACAUAGCUGCCACUGAGGCAGUGAAGGGGAAGCAUUUCUUCCUGGAAGCUGAUAUAAAGGGGCCUGGGCUAAAACUUGAUCACACAGGCAAAGCUAUCCUUACCGUCCUUCGCCAUCUUGGCCGCGUCCAUGAAACCCGGAUUGGGCAUCAUCGGGUCUUCAUACUUUCAAAACAAUGCUGAAUGAAGGGGUUGUUAUAAGCAUUAAGAUUUGAUGUGGUAUAUGGCCGGGGCCACGCAUUCUUGCAGCCUGUUUGUUACGGCCUAGUUUGGUUUGCAAUUGUAGUAGCCUUGGUGUAAUUUCCGACGAAUGAUUGAUUCAGUUGUAAUACGUUUGUUUCUUCAUUUUUUUAUGGGAGUUCGUUCCUUCUCCUUUGUACAA